CUCCAUACGCUAAAGCUGCCCCGCCAAGAAAAGAAGCAUUAGGUAUUCCCUCUUCAAAAUUUCAAUCAUGAAAAUAAACCUCAUUCUAGCACCCCCUUCGCUGUGGGUUUGUAUACCUUCCUUUCGGGCUAGGGUCUUCUAUGGCGGCCCGGACAUAUAGCGCUGUUGCGCUGCGACGCGUAUCUACUUAUUUACAACCAUCUCCCAAUGCACGAUCACACACAUCACUAUUCCGAGUUCGGCCUUCAAUAGCGUCUCCCAAAUCUUCCAGUUCGCAACAUGGCAUACGAUCAUUGCACUCGCACCCCGCUAGGCGAGGUAGCGCAAGCCAAGGCGAAGCGUCGAAUCCUGCUAUGGCAUUUCCAUGUCUUGAUGCGAUAGAAACCCGAUCAGCGAAACUAGAAGCGAAGUCGCUAUCGACAGGACCCGAACCCGCCUAUACCACCGGUGCCACCGAAAUCUUUCAUUGCAAGGACCCUCUUUCUCUAGAUUGGGGUGGCCUCUUACCCGAAUUCGAUAUCGCAUACGAAACAUGGGGUAAGAUGAACUCGGACAAGUCCAACGUGAUACUUCUUCACACGGGUCUUUCCGCCUCAUCGCAUGCUCACUCGACCGAAAGCAACCCGCAGCCGGGAUGGUGGGAAAAGUUCAUUGGACCUGGCGCAUGUCUCGAUACCGAUAAAUACUUUAUAAUAUGUACAAAUGUUGUCGGGGGUUGCUUCGGAUCAACCGGACCUAGUAGUAUCGACCCUGCCGACGGUCAAAGAUACGCUACACGGUUUCCAAUCCUUACAAUGGAGGAUAUGGUAAGGGCCCAGUUCCGGCUCCUCGACCAUCUCGGUGUGCAAAAUCUACAUGCAAGUGUCGGAUCUAGUAUGGGAGGAAUGCAAUCUCUAGCAGCUGGCGUUCUAUUUCCUUCAAGGGUUGGUCGCAUAGUAUCUAUUAGCGGCUGCGCAAGAAGUCACCCUUAUAGCAUCGCGAUGCGUCAUACACAGCGGCAAGUGCUCAUGAUGGACCCUAAUUGGAACCGUGGGUUCUACUAUGGUAAAGUACCACCGCACGCCGGGAUGAAGCUUGCGAGAGAAAUCGCUACUGUAACAUAUCGAUCUGGGCCCGAGUGGGAGCAACGGUUCGGUCGCAGGAGAGCAGACCCAACAAAACCACCGGCGUUAUGCCCAGACUUCUUGAUCGAGACCUACUUAGACCAUGCAGGCGAGAAAUUUUGUCUAACAUAUGAUCCAAACAGCCUCUUAUAUGUUAGCAAAGCUAUGGACCUCUUUGACUUAGGCCUCGAAAGCCAACAAGCAGCCACGCAACGACGAGCGGAGCGCGAGGAAUUACUUCAAUCCGGGUCUUCCCCGAGAUCGAAUGAUCCAUCCUGCAGCCUCACGCUGCCGGAGUCACCGUAUUCCGAACAACCAGGAGUCGUCCCGGAUGAUUCUAACCCUCCCGUACCUGGAGACUUCCGUCCGCCUGAGGACCUUAUUGCGGGGCUGGCAUCAUUAAGAGAUAUCCCUAUACUUGUAAUGGGUGUCGCUAGUGAUAUACUAUUUCCUGCUUGGCAACAGCGGGAGGUGGCCAACGCAGUACGUCUUACGGGUAACAGAAACGUGACGCACGUCGAAUUGAGCGAGGAGCAAAGUUUGUUCGGUCACGAUACAUUCUUAUUGGAUCUGAAAAAUGUUGGGGGCAAUGUCAAAAACUUUUUGGGAUAGGCGUGGAGUCAUUAUCAAUAUACCUGAGUUCUUCGCAUCCAGUUCGCGCCCAGCAAGACAGAAGCCUAAUAAGACUCAAUUUCGGAGUGGCAUAUGAGGGUGUAGAGG